GAGAAGGAAGGUCGUGUCUCUCUCUCUCUCUCUCAGAGCAUCGUUAACCCCGAGAACUGACGAUAUAUCGCGCGUAUAACCGCUAGAUCAUAUACCCGGGUAUAUUACAUCCUAUACGCCCUGACCCUACGCAGAUGGUGUUCGAAUAACUAGGAUGGUGUUCGAAUAACAAGAAUGUUCUGGAAUCACUGUAAACCGCAUUACGUGAAGGGCCUUGUUGUGGAGCGGGUUAGCGGGUGACCCGUCGUCGGCGAUGUGAAGAUGAAGGUAGCCCCCGCCCCGGCCGGGGACCCGCGUCCCGUAGCUGCGCCGGGCCCGUCGAGUCGAUCUGAGAUCGACCUGGGGGAUGGGGCGCCGCUCCCCUCCAACGCCACAACUGACGCUACCCCCAACAGUGGCCGCGAGGAUGGUGGGAGGUGGGCGGCGGCUGUUCUGCUUUUAACACAUGUUGUAGAGCUGGCUGCCAUGGUGGCUGCCAUUCUCUCCCAUGCCCUCCCUCUUCACCAGCUGCCUGAGCCCACAUAUACACCACCCGAGCUCAGUCUUUUGCCUGGGAAUACCUCCGAAGUCACUCCAGAGUCCGGGCAGGAGAGUAGGGUGGGUGUGUGGGGGCAUGUGUGUCUGCCUCUUCAGCUAGCGGUGGCCAUUGCUCCUUUGGUAGUGAUCACAGCCAUAUCUCUGGUAUGGGCGGUGAGGGCACAGGACUUCUCCGGCAGGAGGACGGCGAGGAUGUUGUGUUGGCUCCUGCAUUGCUUGCAAGCCUCUAUCUUAUGGCGAUUCCUCAAGGUGCACCUCGCCUUUGAUCCCAGCGAUGUUGCAGAGUUGGGGACACUGCGCUUUGUGCAAGUGCAUGUGCACACGUUGCCCUUCUUGGUGCUACAUGUGACCAUUAUGGUGAAGGACAGCGAUGGAUUUGCGUUGGUGAGUGUCAUAGUGGCAGCUGCCAUGGUUGUGUCAAUCGUGGUGACGAUAGUUGUUGCCACCACGGCCAGUCACAGUUCCCGCCCUUCCUCCCUCACUCCGCCCACCAUCACGCAAGUGGCACAUACCCCCAUCCACGGGGCGGCCACAGACACCAGUCAUGAGUCUCAUGAUGUGGCUGUGCGGGGUGUGGUGGCAGUGACUACGUCCUGUGUCGUGUGGAGCCGAGUGGCAGCGGUGGCGGCGCUCUUCUGCCUUCACGUCACUUGGGCAUGUGUCUUGGUGGCUCUUCACUGGCUGGCGGCGCUCCUCUGGCUCAGUCUCCAGCAGGAGUUAGAACCCACCACGCUGGGUCCAGUUCGCAAGGCUCUCCGUCGAGCUUUCCUCGCCUAUCUCCUGCUAUGGGAUUUUCAUGUGUUUCGAGAUGAUGCCUCCGCCAUGACAGUGUGCGCCCGUCCUAGACUUCCCGCCGCGUACUACUCGAUCACCGCGCUCCAGAAUGUAGCGGUUACCGCUACUUGGUACACUACCAGCAGAGCCGUGCAACCUGCAGCCCGUAUUGCCAUUCUCUCCUCCAUGCUGGCUGCUCAAGCUGUGGCUCUGUUACUCUUGGCAUUAUCAUACCUCUACUGCUCUUCGCUCCUGCCCUCUUGGCCUCGUAACAAGACCUCCGCCCUCACCAGGACGGCCUCACUAGUCACCCCCUGUGUCAAGCCUCAAGCCCCACCCUCUACUGACACCCACGAUCGCAACAGCUACGUGGACUUUAAGGAAGUCGAAGGCGAGGAGUUCGAGGUUAAUAAGGAUACUAGAGACGAAGAGCAUUCUACCAGAGAGGUAGUUACACCCCAAAAAGCAAUACCACCCAUGGCCCACUCGACACCUCGCACGCCCAUACCACUUGCUCCUCGUCUCAUGACAGCUCAUCUCCCACCUACCAUGUUCAGCUUCUCCCAUGACAUCCUGCCACUGCGAUUGGCCAAAUCCGAGCGUUCCUCCACUGACAACGGCUCCUUUAAUUCACGUAACACAAAUACGCUGCCAACACAGUUGCCACCAGAGUAUAACCUCCGCAGAGCUCAUGGAUCCUUCUCCGAUAGCUUCAGCUCACUAUCCUGUGGCACCAUCAGUCGUACCAACGCUACAGUGAGAACCGUAGUGACCCAUGACCCCAGAGCUCAACGAACUCCGCCUCCCUUCGCUAAACAGACAUUUGCUUCGCAUUCGUCUUGCAGGAGCGGAUAUUGCCACUGUAAACUGUUUGAUGGUAUUGAAGGCUCUUGUGAUGCGAAUGAAGAAGAGGAAGAUAGGGAAAAUUAUAACAAAUAUCGAAAGAAAGCUGCCAGUGAAAGGGAUAGUAGAAAGGAAGGCGUCGGUGUGAUAACUAAUGAUCACCCGGUGCAAGGUGGGACUAACAGCGUCGGCUUGCUGCCUGGUUCAUCCGAACUUGUAGCAACUACGUGUGAUUCAGCCCCUCGGGUGGCCAUGGUGCGAGGUAUUCAGAGGUUCAGAGUAGUGUGUGCAGCUUGCCUGCAUGCCCAUGACCCACUGCUCACGCGCUGCCAUGCCCAUGCCAGCCAACCUGAGGCACUCUUCACACUGUGCCAUGCCCAUACCUUGCCAUCCGAGGCACCACUUUCCCCUAGCUGUCAUGGAGUGCCACUGGUGCAAUGUUCCACAGCCACGUUCAGUCGUUCUUGUGUAGGCUUGGGUGGCGGAUCUAGUACAGAUUAUCCAUCUGAUACGGAAGUCACAGCCACCGCUGAUACCUUGAGUUCCGCUUCGGCUGACUCGCAUUCUACCUACACCACCUGGCCUGUGGCUCGUGGACCAGGCAUGGCACGCCUUCUCCAGCUUCACCCAGGCUCGCAUGACUAUGUGACGGCAUGGCUUCGUCACCAGCAAGCCCGAGGACCUCGUUUACCUCCUGCGCCUCCUCAGGCAGUCCACCAUUCCUCCCACUCCACCAGUCCCGAGUUAAUGGUCCAUCAACACCGCCGUCCUCGCAUCCACUUGCCUCGUCCUUCGCGCCAAAAGGACCCCGCGCUGCCUCACCUUCUUCAGGACCUGGAGACCGUAGUGUAAGAACUCCACGUGUCUUUUCUGCACCUGUGUGUGGCGCCCAAAAUGUGUUUCAAUGAGGGAGUGUGUGUUUAAAUGUAUAUGUGUGUGCCAAACUUGCUGUAUGUCAAGGGAUCAUGAUACAUGUAUUGCAAUACACGAGUCUGACUUCCGCCUUCAUUUUUAGUACGAUUGUAGUACUAAAUUCUCAUUCUCAGCUGCAAGGUCAGCUACAUUACAGUCUCAGGGGUGGUGACGGGUGGGAGUCAGCUGGGCUCCAAGGCUCACAGGGACCUCAGCCCGCCCAUUUCUAAGACACCCGCACCCACAGCCAGGUGGUGGGUGGGUGGGGGGGGAGGGGUGGUGCGUGCUGGGCCUUCUGCCUACUAUAUAAGUCAUGUAUAUAGGCCCUGUGUGGCGCCAUUAAUGACAGAUGUAUGCUAAGUCCUUUAUAACUCUUUUAUAUUAUAUUUUAAGAUAAAAUACUUUUGGAC